AUGAUCGUGAGAGGCAACCCAAUUAAAUUCCAUGUCGAUUGCGGGGCAACGGUAAACGUGUUACCUAUGAAGUACUUAGCGGGUGAAAACAUCGAACCGACAGAUAGAACUCUACAGAUGUGGAACAAGACAGAAUUAAAGCCAAAGGGAACUUGCCGUCUUACAAUAAGAAAUCCGAAAAAUGAUAAGAAAUAUUCCGUAGAAUUUAUGGCAGUUCAAGAGAAUUUGACACCAUUACUCGGGGCUAAAGCGAUUCAACGCAUGGGAAUUGUCGAAAUACAUAAUGAGAACUUUGAACAAGUAGCCCAGGUAAAUACAGGAAUCAAAGACACAACAAGUAAACAGUCAACAACGACAGUGAUGAACCGAAUAAUUGAAGAAUUUGCAGACGUGUUCGAAGGAGAAGUGGGUACGCUAGAAGGAGAACAACAUCUCGAAGUAGAUCCAACGGUACAACCGACGACAGCGCCAUCAAGACGAGUGCCAUUUGCCGUAAAAGCGAAGAUGAAAGACGAGUUAAUGCGACUAACAAAUCUUGAGGUUAUACAGCCAGUUGAUGAACCCACAGACUGGGUCAGCAAUAUGGUCGUGGCAACAAAACCAUCUGGUGAACUACGCAUCUGCAUCGAUCCAAAACAGCUGAAUAAGGCCCUCAAACGUGAGAGGUAUCCCAUACCAGUCAUUGAAGAUGUGACGCCAGUCUUGCCAGAUAUAGCCAAAGCCAAAGUUUUUACAAAGAUAGACGCGCGGAAUGGCUAUUGGCACGUCAUGUUGGACGAAGAGUCCAGUAGGUUGACGACAUUUGACACGCCGUUCGGGAGAUAUCGUUGGAAACGGUUACCGUUCGGGAUCAGCGUUGCAGCAGAGAUCUUUCAGAAAAGGAUCCACCAAGCCUUAGAACGACUAGAAGGAGUGCUCACCAUACAUGAUGACAUGGUGAUAUACGGAGUAGGUGACACCAUUGAAGAAGCAACAAUCGAUCAUAAUAGCAAAUUAAUGAACUUUCUCACAACAUGUAGGGAAAAGGGGGCGAAGCUCAACAGAAGAAAGUUGGAGUUAUGUUGUACAGAGAUUCCAUUUAUGGGUCAUCUCGUAACCUCUGAAGGGUUGAAAGCAGAUCCAGAUAAAAUCGACGCUAUAGUUAACAUGCCCAAACCUACAGCCGUAAAGGACGUACGAAGAUUAUGUGGAUUUAUCAAUUAUCUGGCAAAGCUCAUGCCACAUUUAUCCGAUGUGAUGGAGCCACUACGACAGCUUACACAUAAAGAAGCAGAAUGGAAAUGGAUGCAUGAGCACAACGCUGCCUUUGAAAAGAUCAAACGUAUGGUGGUUGCAACACCGGUGCUGAAGUACUACAACCCUGACGAAGA